AUGAAGUUUGAAGACUUGGGAAAAGGAACUCCGUCUCUUGGGGCAAAGGCAGCAGAGUGCCUGUGGCCUCUCCUCUUGUGGAUGCAGCAGGCCCAAAAAUCUGAUUCUAUCCCUGACUGUGAUAAACUUACUGACAAAGAGAGAGGACAAAAAUUACGAAUAAGCAUAGAGCAGGUUCUGGAGGAUUUCUCUCAGUGGAAACAAAUCAGUCUUUCCCAGCUACAGUAUGAUGCUGCACAUAUUUUCAUUAAAAAUUCACUUAUACAUGUACUUGGUAGAGCCUAUGUUGCAGGAAUAUGUCAUCCUCCUAUUGAUUGAGGAGUUAAUAAUUUCCAAGGAGACUCUUGGUCUCUUUUUGCCCUCACGGUGGCCCAUGAGUUAGGUCAUACUUUGGGUAUGCAACAUGAUGAAGAAUUCUGUUUGUGUGGACAAGGUGGUUGCAUCAUGAAUGCUGUCAGAGUGCCAGCAGAGAGAUUCACCAAUUGUAGUUAUGCAGAUUUUACAAAGACCGUUUUAAACCAAGGAUCAUGUCUGCACAGUCCUCCAAGUCCAGGGGAAGUCUUUGUGCUGAAGCGCUGUGGGAAUGGUGUGGUUGAAGGAGAAGAAGAAUGUGACUGUGGAUCUAUAAAGCAAUGUGAACAAGAUCCCUGUUGUCUGUUGAACUGCACUCUGAGGCCUGGGGCUGCUUGUGCUUUUGGGCUUUGUUGCAAAGACUGCAAGUUCAUACCACCGGGAGAACUCUGUAGACAUCAGGUCAAUGAAUGCGACCUUCCAGAAUGGCACAAUGGGACAUCCCGUCAGUGCCCAGAAGAUGGAUAUGUGCAGGACGGGAUUCCCUGUAGUGACAGUGCCUACUGCUAUCAAAAGAGAUGUAAUAACCAUGAUGAUCAGUGCAGGGAGAUUUUUGGUGAAGGUGCAAAGAGUGCAUCUCAGAACUGCUGUAAAGAAAUCAACUCCCUGGGAAACCGAUUUGGGAACUGUGGCAUGAGGGUGGGACCAGGAGGAUCACGAUCUGUUGCAUGUGAAGCAGAUGAUGUUCAUUGCGGAAUGCUACAUUGUAGAAAUGUCCUCGAAAUUCCUGGUGGGGGGGAACACACCACAUUUCGUCAUAUAAUUGUACAAGAUGUUCAACAAGAAAGAUGCUUCGGAUACGAUGUACACCAUGGGACAGAAGUGCCAGAAAUGGGGCUUGUAGUGGAUGGUGCAACAUGUGGGCCAGGAAGUUACUGUUUCAGACAGAACUGUACUUUUUACCAAGACAUGCGUUUUGACUGUGAUGUCAAGAGAUGCAAUUUCAGAGGAGUGUGUAACAACAGGAAACACUGUCACUGUCUGAAAGGUUGGAAACCACCAUCAUGUGAAGAGAGAGGACCAGGUGGUAGUAUAGAUAGUGGCUCCCCACCUGACAAAGUACCACCUCGUCAACCCAAAAUAAGAUUUAGUAUAAACAAGGCAAUAGCUGUAUUGAGUAUGCGUGCAAGUCUUUUACUGCUUUCACUAAUCAUUGGAGGACUUUCACAACUAAAAAGAAAUAUUGAUGACUACAGUAAAACAUAA